AUGUCACCCGAAUCUACAAACGACCCGAAAUUUGCUGCUGACACGAGCCCAGAUGUCACAGAGUUUGGAGUUCUAUACGGUUCUCAAACCGGAACAGCUGAGAAGCUUGCCCAUCAGCUGGCUAAAGAUGUCGCAGACAGGUUUGAUAAGUCUGCGACAGUCACCACCAUUGACAACUACGACUUUACAGCUAUAAGCAGCUCAGACAAGGAGCAUUUGCUUAUUUUGCUCGUAUCAACAAAUGGUGACGGCGAUCCGAGCGACAAUGCAAUGAAGACGUUCCGGUACAUUUCUGAUCUAUGUCGAGAGCCAGAGCACAACCAAUUGUUGUCCAGAUUGAGGUUUGGAAUAUUUGGACUAGGAAACACAGCAUACGAUGCAUACCAGGGAGCUGCAAGAAAUUACAAAACGUGCUUGCUAGAUCUCGGCGCUCAUUUGGUGGCUCCCUAUGGAGAGGGGAAUGAUGAAAAAGGAGAACUGUAUGAAGAUUUUGUGUCAUGGAAAAGCAAGUUUUUGGUUAACAUGGGCAGUGAAUGCAACUGGAAAGUGAUAAAAGAAGACCAGUAUACUCCAUUAUAUCAAAUACAACCCGUCUCUGCCAGAAAACACACAGAUGGACAACUUGUGGCUUCAUUACGUGACCUGGAUUUCUUGGAUAGGCCUCCGUUCCAUAUGGCCAAGCCUUUCAUGGCACCAAUACGAAGCUGCAGAAUAUUCACCAGUGGCGAAAGAUGCCAGUUUCAUUGUGAACUCGAUCUCGAGGGAUCUAGAUUACGGUAUCAAACAGGAGAUCACAUUGGAAUUUAUCCGACAAACAGAAUAGCAGAUGUGGAGCAGUUUCUUUUCGCUUUUGGUCUGCUUGACCGCAAGGACGAAAUUGUUCAAGUGCGCUCUUCUACACCUCUCUGGUUUGUCACACCUACCACUUAUGUGGCCAUUGCACGCCACUAUCUGAGCAUCAAUUCUCCGGUUUCCAGUGAAAUCAUCCAACAAAUUAGCAAGUUUUCACCUUCGAAAGAGGCCAGAGAAAAGCUGGAAUUACUGGCAUCACGGGAACAGUUUGUUAAAAAAGUGAUCAAGCGGAAGCAAACCCUUUACAGACUGCUUCUAGACGUUUCUAGUGGCCAGCCAUGGCCAGAUGUACCAUUUUCAUUAUUGCUUGAAUCGUUGGGUAAGUUGCAACCACGGUUCUAUUCCGUUGCAUCGUCAAAUUUGAUGUACGAGAACCAAGCACAUAUAAGCGUGAAAUGUGAACGAGAAACGAUCGAUAACGACGCAUUUUACGGUGUGUGUUCAAACUUCAUUGAGGAAGCUUGUUUCAAGUCUUCCAACUUGUACUUAAAUCCGGACUCUUCGAUCAAACUCCCAUUAUACAUCAGAAGGUCCAAUUUCAAACCGCCAGUGAGAAAAGAUCGUCCUAUCAUUAUGAUCUGUGCGGGAACAGGAAUAGCUCCGUUCAGGGGCUUCAUCCAGGAACGCAUUGCCCAAUCCAAAUCUGGAGCCGUUGGAAAAAAUCUCCUUUUCUUCGGUUGCAGAGACGAAAACGAUGCAUUGUACUCGGACGAUAUUGCUCAGUACCAGAAACAAUUGGGCUCGAGUCUUGAAGUGCAACUCGCCUACUCAAGAGCUGACCCUUCACACAAAAUUUACGUGCAGGAAAAAGUACGCGAACAUGCUAUUCAGGUGUAUGCAUUAAUUACUCAGGGUGCUUAUAUCUACGUUUGUGGAAACUCUGUCAAAUUAUCGAGCAGCAUGAAUCGACUAAUGAGAGAACUGCUAAUACGUCAAGGGGGUGCAAGUGAAAUCGAAGCUGCAAAAGAAUUAAAACAGUUCAGAUUAUCAGGCAGAUAUCAGGAAGAUCUUUGGUGA